AUGGAACUGUUUACAGCUCACCGUGAUGAUGGUUAUACGCAAUGUAUCCUUAAGAAAAGGGACACCAAGUUCGUCAUAGAUGCCUCAUCUGUAAUUCAGGACAAGGUACAGCUUUGGAUACCGAUAAAGCUUCAUGAUCAUGCUCUUGGUAAACGAAUGGUGUGCACCCCUUUCCUUCCCAUUGACAUGGCACCGGGGGAAGACAUCGCACUUCGGAUUUACAUACAUGACGACAUACCUUACAUUGUUCAGAAAAUUCAGGAAGAAGAGGAAAAUCUGCUAUACCAUCAAGUACAUCCUGGGAGAUGUUUUGGUCUUGAACCUGCGUCAAGUGAUCUAGAGCUGGAAUGCAAUGGGGAAAGAAGGAUCAUCUCUGCAAAAGAUGUAUUCAACCGGCAAAAGACGCUAGUUUCGAUGCCCAUCAAGACGGAAACCAAUGCGAAAACUCAGAUGAUUAACAUCUCGAUUUCAGCAACAAGUACCAACCAACCAAAAACCAGCAUGGCGUUCGUGGUUAUACGUACUGGAUUCUCCGCCGACAUACAUUCAACCCUAAAUGAGAUGGUCACUGGAUCUAAUGCUGACCUUCGGUAA